AUGGAAUGCCUGUGGUUCUGCUUCUCAUGGCUCAUUCAACAAGAUCUUGAUAGAGUGAAAGAUCAUUGGAACUCUCAUUACAUUCGGAAAUCACGUUAUGAUACAGUUUCAGGAAUUCCCAAUAUUUUGUAUUACUUACCUGAAUAUAAUGGAAAACAGGACUGCGUAUGUCCUGUUGAUGAUCAAGAAAUAGAAGAAAUGAGGACCCAUUGUGAGAUCGAAAAUGAGCAAAAUUCAAUUUACAUUGAAUAUUUUGAAUCAGUUAUGUAUGAAUUGCAAUUGCAAUUCCCAAGGAAUGAAAACGAAGCACUUGAUUUAUUUCAGCAGUUUAUUGCUUUGCAAGAAUAA